UCCGCCUUCGCCUCCUUCCUCCUGGCGCCCCUCUUCUUCCAGCUGUACCAGCCCGGGCCCCCCGCGGCCCCGCGCUGCAAGGUGCACAUGAAGUCCUUCCUCGGCGUCUUCCGCUCGCUGCCCGCGCUGGAGAAGACGGUGGAGCGCUGCCUGGUGCUGCUGCGGCCCCGCGCCAGCCGCCUGGUGGUGCAGCUGCACUGCAAGUACGGCAUCACCCGGACCCACAACCUGGCCUUCCAGGAGUGCGAGCGGCUGCAGGCCGUCUUCGACACGCAGCGCUGCGCCAGCAGCCUCUGCGCCCCGGCACGGGUGCUGGCGGAGGCUGUGGUCCACUUCCCGCAGACGCUGGCGGAGGUGACGCUGGGGGCUGGCCCCGGGGGCAGGAUCAGCCUCCGCAGCUACGUGGAGGAUGAAGCCGACCUGGGCAAGGCGAUGGUGACGGAGCUGUGGCUGGCCCCGGACGAGUUCCAGGCGGUGGCUGUGGUCCCGGACUCCCGCAUCACCUUCUGCCUCAAGGAAUUUCGGGGACUCCUGACGUUCGCCGAGGCGUCCAACUUGCCCCUCACCAUCCACUACGACGCACCCGGCAGGCCGGCCAUCUUCUCGCUGGAAGACCCCCUGCUGGAGGCACACCUGGUCCUGGCCACCCUGCUGGACCCCCAGAGCAGCUCCCAGCCCCCCGCAGCCAACGGCAUCUCCCACGCGCCUGCCCCGUCCGAUGACUUCGCCGAUGACCUCGAGUCCUACAUGGUUGCCAUGGAAACCAGCAGCUACGGGGAGGACUCGGGGGCACCCCCCAGCCCCACCUUCCCCCUGCGCACCCCUCAUCCCAUAGAAAGCGACCCCCAGGAGGAGGAGGAGGAGGACGGAGCUGUGCCAGGGACGCCCCCUCACAAGAAGUUCCGCUCGCUGUUUUUCGGCUCGGUGAUGACAUCGGGGGGGCCCAGCCCGGCGCCCACCCAGGAGGUGCUGGCAGAGGACAGCGAGGGCGAGUGCUGAGACCCCCGGUGCCCCCUGGCACCAGCCCUGGGGCCGUGCCGCAGCAGCUGGCACUGCCUGGGCACGCAGGAUGCGCCCCCCCCGGAGCCCCCCUGCCACAACACCAAGCACCCCCCCAAGACCCUUUACAAGUUUAUUCCCAAAAAAGCCUCCUGCCCCCCCCCCUCCACUGCUGUCCCAGGGGUGGGCUGCCCCACUCACCCCGGGGGGCCCUGCCCCAGAGGGGGCUUUUGGUUCGGUGGAGGGUGGCGGGGGGGGGCGGGAUCUUACAAA